AUGGCAUCCAAGACCAAAGCCGAGUGCUCACUCAACACCACUGAGUGCCUCUUGGAGACUAUCGCGAGUAUUCUCAGCGAGAUCCAGGAGCAAAACAACGAAUACAAUUGGGAUCCUCUGACCUUUAUGUUCACGGCCAUUAUCGGUGUUAUCGCUAUCAUAGUCGCAGGCUUGGCCGCCUUUCAAGCUUUCUUGGCUGCUGGUCCUGGCCGCACCAAAUCUGGGGCCUAUGCUAUUGGUCCAUGGUCACGACUCAAUCGUCGCAAUUUCGAUUUGGCUGAGAUGCGAUUUCGGACCACAUCGCUUACACCAAUCCUGACGAUUAAUUCGCUCGAUUUUCGGGCUCUAGAGCGACAGAUCUCUAACGCAGAUCGAGACUCGAUAAAACUUAGAAAGAGAAAAGACGAUUACUUCCCAGCAACAUGGCUUUCCCUGUUAACACACCUCUCCCUAGACAGCACAAAGCUCUGGGGUCAAGUGAAACUCACUGGAGCCGAUUUUAUCCCAUCAGAGUUACCAGCUGUCCCAGCAUACGGGUCCAUCCGAUUCGUCGUAACUCUAGCCAUGAUUCUCUCGCGAGGACGCGGUCGCCUGACCAUUGACCGGGAAUCUGGCUUACCAAGGGUCCGCGACCAUCACUUCAAUCUUGUGUUUCGCCAACAUCCUUUGUUAGGUGCCAUUGGAUUCUUCGAGAUGUAUAGAGUGAUAAAUGAGAUGUAUACGCCAGACUCGGGUUGGCUCAUACAGAUGCACACGCGGUUACUUCAAGCCUCCGGCUAUAUGAGUAUCCCAGAGCCUCAGCGCAGCGGCGACAAGACCGUCACGGGCCGAGUUACUCAUUUUAUCGUGUUUGAAGGUUGUGACUUCACACGGUCAUUCCUGAUCGAUGUUCUACGGCUGUGUCCUCAUGGCAACCAGAAUCCAAAGCCGGCAUGUGUCAAUGUACUUCACUGGACAGGGUCUAAUGAUCAUUAUUUUCAAAACGGGCCUCUACGUCUAUUGAUAGCACCUACCCCAUCGUCAGAUCAUCUUCCGUUCUUCUUCCCGCACAAGGUGGCUAAACUUCGCGAAAGACUUGACACUUUUUUGCUCCAAAGCCGAUUCUGGGGUAUGAGAGCCACGUCUUAUUACGACAUCAUGCCCAACCCAACCGCGAGUACCCCCAACGACGGGCUUCAACUGACCGGCAUUGCUACAUUAUGGGUUAGAUCAAACGUAAAGCCCGAUAUCGACGAGCUGCAGGUGGAUACAGAGGUCUACAAGCUUUGCUCGGCGUACCUUUCACAAAAUUCUACUCAAAACACCGAAUAUGAUGUCGAAUUGCUAUGGCAACAGCGCCAACUUCAGAGAGAACUUGAGGCCGUUGAUCAAUGGCUAGAGCAAAUAAAACCCCAUAUCUUAUGCAGGAUCCUCACACUGAGCGUCAUUGGAGAUGGGAUUCGCCAAAUGAUUGACACAGUUCAACCACAGCCAGUUCUCGAAAUCCCAUCUGGCACCCACAGCGCAACCAUGCCCCCUAGCCUUGACAACAUCUUGUUACCUGGAUUACAUGACAAGCUCUGCCACUUGUUGGAGGCCAUAAACAAAGCCGAGAUAUCCGGGCACCAUCUUUACUCAGCUGGAUGGGGACAUCAAUCGAAUGCUCUCAGGGAUUCGGCGUAUGACACCUUAAAAGGUCUGAAGACGGUACAGAAUCUUUGGGAGACAGAAGAAAUACCUCCAAAUGAUGAGGAUAGCGGGAGUCAAGACGAAGUAGGCGAGAUACAGGGGAUACACAGGGAGCAAGAGCACAAGAGUCAUGCAUGGAAGCAUGCUUCUGCGACUUGUCACCCAUUGGACAAUAUCCUCAUAUAUCGUGCGGUUUUGCUGACGAUGUUAUAUUGUUUGAGUAGCGACAGCAGUGACUGGAUAGGCGAAAAUGCAUGGGAUAUCAUUGUUCCAAUUAUGUAA